AUGAAUUAUUCGGAAUCAGAUACGAUGGUAUCAGUUCUUGAUUUCAAACGUGAAGCAGGCUUGUGGCAUUCCAUUUUAGCGAGUGUAUUUUCUGGUUUACGUGUUAUUUUUAUUCCAUAUUCAUUGAUGAAAAUUAAUCCGGCAUCGUGGAUGUUGAUGGUUACAAAGUAUCAAGCAAAAACAGCUUUGGUGAAAUCACGUGAUUUACAUUGGGGUUUACUAGCAACUCGUGAUCAUAAGGAAAUCAAUUUGUCGUCACUUCGUUCAAUUCUGGUAGCUGAUGGAGCAAAUCCAUGGUCUUUAUCAUCUUGUGAUCAAUUUACUUCCAUUUUUCAAUCACGUGGCUUAAAACCCGAUGCGGUUUGCCCAUGUGCAGGUUCUUCUGAAACUGGUACAAUAUCGUUGCGCAGGCCUUGCACUGAUAAAAGUCUGCAUAACUCUGGUCGUGGUGUCCUGUCGAUGUUUGCUUUGAGCCAUUCAGUAGUCCGUGUGGAUCAGGAGAAUUCAUUAACAUCCUUAACUCUACAGGAUGCUGGUCAGGUUAUCACUGGUGGUGUUGUUGUUGUUGUUAAACUUUCUGGACCACCACGACUCUGUAUGGCUGAUGAAGUUGGUGAAAUUUGUUUGUAUGCACAUAGCACAGGUUCUGCUUAUUGGGGUUUGGAUGGUUUAUCAGCCAGUACUUUCAAGGUAGAACCAUUAGGCAAUGAUGACAAGCCAUUGGGACCACUGCCAUAUGUUCGCAGCGGUUUGCUAGGAUUUCUUGGACCGAAUGGUUUAAUUUUUGUGGUAGGUAAUCGUAAUUCGCAAAUGUAUGUAUCGGGUCGACAACAUUGUGCUGAUGAUCUGAUUGCUACAGCACUGGCUGUUGAACCAAUGAAAUUUAUUUAUCGAGGGCGGAUUGCUGUAUUUUCUGUAAAUGUUCUGCGCGAUGAACGGAUAUGCAUCGUAGCUGAGCAGAAACCUGGCUGGAUGAGUCGCGUACUACAAGCAAUUGAUAGCAUUCAUCAAGUGGGAAUUUACUGUUUGGCUCUUGUGCCAUCUAAUCAGUUACCAAAGACACCAUUGGGUGGUAUCCACGUAUCGGAAACACGACAGCGAUUCAUUGAUGGUGUCUUGCAUCCGACAACACUUUUGAUGUGUCCGCAUACUUGCGUAAUAAAUUUGCCAAAACCCCGAGAACAACAGUUGGAUGUUGGACCAGCAGCUAUGUUUGUCGGUAACAUCGUUCAAGGUAUACGAAUUGCUGCUGCCAAGGGAAGACAGAUUAAUGCAGAUGAUGAAAAGGUGACUAGUUUGAUAGAAGUCUUACGUCAACGUUCACAAACAUCUCCUGAUCACAUACUAUUCACGCUAAUGAAUUCACGUGGAACGGAGAUAGAAAGUAUAACCUGUGCACAAUUGCUGAAAAGGGCGGAACGAAUCGGUUCAAUGCUAACCGAUAAAGGAAGAUUAAAUCCAGGCGAACACGUUGCUUUGAUUUUUCCACCUGGUAUUGAUUUAAUUGCAGCUUUUUAUGGAUGUCAAGCAGCAGGACUGGUACCGGUUUGUGUACGACCACCACAUCCACAUAAUUUGCAAAUAACCUUGCCGACGGUGCGAAUGAUUAUAGAUGUUUCAAAAGCAGUUGCAGUAAUUUCAAAUUCAUCUUUAAUUAAGUUACUCAAAUGCAAAGAAGCUUCGCUGAGGGUUGAUGCAAAGGCGUGGCCUACGAUUUUUGAUGUAGAUGAUCUUUCGUCACUGAGCAAGAAAAAAUGGGAAUCUGAGUGUUUUGAAAGAAAAUCAGCGGAUGCAUGUUAUCUGGAUUUUUCAGUAAGUACUACAGGACAGCUGGCGGGAAUCGUUAUUAGUAUUGCUGGUGCUACAGCGUUAUGUAGAAGUUUAAAAGUAGCCUGUGAAUUGUAUCCCUCACGACAUAUCACUUUGUGCCUUGAUCCAUAUUGCGGUCUUGGAUUAACACUUUGGUGUCUGUCUGGUGUCUAUUCCGGUCAUCAUUCAUUGUUGAUUCCACCAGCAGAAGUUGAACAAAAUGCCGCUUUAUGGUUGACAGCAGUUUCACAACGAAAAGUUCGUGAUACUUUUUGUUCUUAUGGUGUAAUGGAACUAUGUGUUCGGGAGUUAGCACCUCAAAUUUCACUUCUGAAAGAGAAAGGUGUUUCACUUUCAUGCGUGCGUACAUGUGUUGUAGUUGCCGAGGAGAGGCCACGAGUUGCUUUAUGUGCAGCAUUUUCUAUGCUCUUUGCACCUCUGGGUCUUAAUUCACGCGCAGUUUCCACAUCAUUCGGUUGUCGGGUUAACACAGCAAUUUGUAUGCAAGGAGCAGCAAGUCCAGAUCCGGCAACAGUUUAUGUUGAUGCGCGAGCAUUACGUAAUGACCGUGUAACACUGGUUGAAAAGGGUGCACCACACAGUAUAGCAUUAAUGGAAAGCGGAAAAUUGUUACCUGGUGUGGAAGUGGUCAUUGCAAAUCCGGAAACUAGAGGUCAAUGUGCUGAUUCACACUUGGGUGAAAUUUGGGUCGCAUGUUCACAUAAUGCAGUUGGUUAUUUUACAUUGUACGGUGAAGAAGCGUCAUUACAUACUGAUCACUUUAAUGCAAGGUUAACAACAGGCGACACUCUUAAACGUUUUGCACGUACGGGUUAUUUAGGUUUUCUUCGACGAACACAAUCCAUAACAGCUGAUGGAGAAUUACAUGAUGCAGUGUUUGUCGUUGGUGCAUUAAAUGAAGCAUUGAUGUUGCGCGGAAUGAGAUACCAUCCGGUAGAUAUCGAAGCAACCGUAAUACGAGCGCAUCGGAAAAUUUCUGAAUGUGCCGUAUUUACGUGGACACACCUUCUGGUUGUGGUUGCCGAAACGGAAAGUGCGGAAUCAGAAGCGUUAGAUUUAGUACCAGCUAUAACGUCUAAUGUGUUGGAAGAGCAUCAUUUGAUUGUGGGUGUUGUGGUAAUUGUUGAUCCUGGAGUGGUACCUAUAAAUAGUAGAGGUGAAAAGCAGCGAAUGCAUUUACGGGAUGCUUUCUUAAAAGAUAUGCUUGAUCCCAUUUAUGUUGCUUACAACAUGUAA